UCAAGGUUUUGUUUAUCAGAAACGAGCUGUCCACAAGAAGAUCAUUUUCCACCAAAUCUCUGCGUGAAAGUAAAUGGGAAAACCUGUAACUUGCCAGGUUACCUACCACCAACCAAAAAUGGUGUUGAACCAAAGCGACCUAGCCGGCCAAUCAAUAUUACCUCACUAGUCAGAUUGUCCACGACAGUGCCGAACACUAUUGUGGUUUCGUGGUCAGCAGAAAUCGGAAGAAGUUAUUCCAUGGCAGUUUAUCUUGUAAAACAGCUGUCAUCUGCAAUGUUACUUCAAAGAUUGCGGGCUAAAGGAAUAAGGAACCCGGACCAUUCCAGAGCGUUAAUCAAAGAGAAAUUAACAGCAGAUCCAGACAGUGAAAUUGCCACGACAAGUUUGAGAGUGUCUCUGUUGUGUCCUCUGGGCAAAAUGAGGUUGACAAUCCCAUGUCGUGCAGUAACCUGCUCACAUUUGCAGUGCUUUGAUGCAACUCUUUACAUUCAGAUGAAUGAGAAAAAGCCUACGUGGGUCUGUCCAGUCUGUGAUAAGAAAGGUCCUUAUGAGCAUCUAAUUAUUGAUGGAUUAUUUAUGGAAAUCCUCAAUUGCUGUACAGAUUGUGAUGAAAUUCAGUUUAAGGAAGAUGGAGCAUGGUCACCAAUGAGAAUGAAGAAGGAGGUCCAGGAGGUGAAUUCUACUUAUAAUGGUGUUGAAGGUGCUUGUAAAAGUUUGUCUGAGCACAGGCAUUCUUCUCAAGAUAAUAGAAAGGUUGAAGUUAUUGAUCUGACGAUCGAUAGUUCAUCGGAAGAGGAGGAGGAGGAGCCACCUGCAAAGCGGUACCCUUCAAUAUCUUCUCCAUCACCACCUAUCAACAAGGGGGUUCUAAAUCUCCACCAUCAGACCUCACCAGUGACAAGAACUCCAAGCAUACCAACUCUGGAUACCAACUUUAUCUCUGCUCCUUUUCAAGACUACCGUCAUUCAUACCACUUACCAACUCUGCCGUAUGAACUGCAAGGUUUAGACCUAUUCCCCUUUUUACAAGGAGAUAAUCAGCAUUACAACACCUCCCUCCUUGCUGCUGCAGCUGCUGCAGCCAGUGCUUCAGAGGAUCAGGACCUCAUUCACUCCUCGCUCAAUAGAUUCUUCCCAUAUGGCUCUUCGCAAAUGUUCCUGGAGCAGCCAAACUCUGCACCUGCCAACACGCUGGCAGUGACGAACGGCAGCAGCAGCGGAAGUAACAGCAGUCUCGUCUCUUCUAGCAGCUUGCGGGAAAACCUUGGGCAUCCUGGGGCUAACCGGAGCAGUGUGGAAAGUGGCCCCAUCUUUGGCACCAUGCCAGAUGUUAUUUCAUUGGACUAAGAUUUCAAACAAUGGAUAUAAUGUGUUUUUUUUUGUGUGGUUGGGUGGUGGGGGCAGGGGGUUGGGGCAGAAAGAGGAAAAGAAAAUCUGGUUUGUUUCAUCUUUUAAAAACAAAUUUAGAAGUGUAGAGACCCUUUUUUUUAAAUAAACAAAAAAUUUUAAAAAAUACACCAUGUACAGAGAACAAAAAACUAUAUUUUCAGUUAACUUUUGUAUAUAAAUUCGAACUGUCUGUCUUUUAAGGUUAUUUCAGUUCACUUUGUGAAAGCAGAGUUUUUACGAUGUAUUUGUUGUUCUGUGAUAUUACUUUUUUGUAUUUGUUGUUCGAUGGCAUUAUUUCCUUCACCGUUGUCAUUAUUUUAAUUAGGAAUUUUCCAUUCAUGUGCUUCAUUGUAGAAUAUUCUUUCUUUCCGAAAGAACUGCGAUGUCAAUGGUUGACAACAAUAGUAUUUUCUUUUUUUUUGUGCAAAAUAAUUUUAUUAUACUUUUUAAGUUAUGUAAAGAAUCUCAAUUGUUUCCCAUAUCAUUCCCUCUGCAUCUGCAGGAAGUAGCUUUGGAGAAUGCACAGUAUCGUACAAUUUUCCCACACAAAAAAAAGGCCAUUUCUGUUUUAAUUUUAAAUUGGGUGUUACCUGUCGUCUCAAUAUUUUGAUUUGUUUCAUAUUACAAAGUAGCAUUUUUUCAAGCAUUAAGGAAUUUUUAAGUUAACAGAGAGGAGUGAGUUGUGUCACACCUUUCCUACUUCAGAGACAUCAGCAAUUAAUUUCGCUUUCAAUGUUACAUGAACAGCCCUAACUGCAGAAUGCCUCCAGUUUGUGUACUUCUAUUUUAAAAGCUAUUUUUCCAUUGUAUGCACAGCACUGUUCAUGAAACAGCAUUUUAAGUUUUAUAACCAACAUCCCAAGGAGGCCACCAGCCUCGUGUGCACAUAUCUCAAGUCCCAUGUCACAAACCUUCUACUUCUACAUAAUACGUUCCCAGCUGAAAUUUGACUGCUAGAAUUUGGAUAUUCAUGGGCACAUUAUUGACUUAUCAGUUAAUCAUACUGUCUAUUAUAUGACCUUUGUUUUAAUUCAUGUUCCAUUAAUUUGGCACUGAGAUCUUUGCCAUGUAUGACAGCUUCAAAUGAAGUGGUUGUUUUCCAGGUGAAUUCAGUUUCUUCUUUCAUGAUACAUUCAGUGGCUUGAAUACAAUAAAACAGGAUUGGCAGACAAAUAUUUGGAACGCAGAUUGGCUACAAAUAAAACCCACUAAUUUAAUAAUCUGCAUCUUAAUCAUACACCUCCGUUGUUGCUGUUGUGUGAUGAUUCAAUCAGUUCACUGGAGAGAAGACUGGUUUUUGUAUGCAGUGAUCUACUUAGAAUUAUGUUGGAAAGACACUGAGUACAGAUCCCAUCAAUGUAACUUUAAGCCAUACAACUCAGAAAGUUCCAAGUUAAGUUUGUGGUGUUAUUGGAUCCAAGCUUGGUAUAAAUUGCCACCUCUUUGAGUUGAAGUUUUAGUUGGGGUUUCUGCUUCUGAUUACUGACUAGUGACCCUGUUUAAAAUAUAUGUAGGUCUCGAAUUAGGCCAACGUCCAAUUUACUUCUACUUUGUGACCUUGUACCCCCUAUAUUUGAAAAGUCUUUUGGAGACACACUCUAUAGAGCUGAACAAUAGCUAAUUCAAAUAAUGUAUUGGAAAGUGAUCUGCAGUGAAACCUUACACCAGCAGCAAGAGGACACAUUUGAGAGAUGAGGAAAUGGAGCAAGUUAUAACCAAAGAAUGCAAAUGAAUGAAACCUGAGUAAUAAAAAUAUAAUUGGGCUGUGGUAGGGUGCCAUGCUGAUUUGUGUCAAUGGAAGAUUAUGUAAUCUAAUCUGUAUCACUGUCCAAAGGAUCAAUUGAUUAAUAGCUCAGUGAAAAUUAUUAAGUGAGACAUACUUAAGGGAGUUGUAUCUGGUUUGAAAAAAUGCAUUACUAUAUCAGGUCUGCUCUAGCAAUGGACAAGCUGGAUGUUGAAACGGCAGGAAGAUGUUUUAUGCUCAACCAAACUUAUUUCCAGCGUUCUAUUUGUUUCACAAAUUCCAGUUUUAAAAAGGCUGAUUGUGAAGUGCAUUUGGUUUAUUGGACUCCAAUACUUGGAUGUAAUUUGGUUAUGGGCCUGUCUGGAAUAAAGUGUGUCUUACAUGGCUGGAUCCUUCAGGUCAUGUGCUGCAUUUUGACAAGCAAAAUAAAUUUUUAAAGGAGAAAGCUAGCUUGUGUGCAGCAUAAUUUAAUUGACACCUAUUGUGAAAUUAUGCUGAAAUGGGCUGUGUUGAGAGUGUAUUUAUAUUGGAAGUGUUUCUGUAAGUAGAACUGUCACAAGCAUGAAACUCCACCUCUUCAGUGAAUUUGUAAAUUCUGUAAUCAAUCCUCUCUGAGGGUAUCAAAGACAGCUCUAAUACUUCGACUGCCUUAAAUCUUUCACAGUGCUGGUUUCCGUGACCGCAUGCCAAACCAGAGAAAUGGCUUUUUUUUUUAUAAUUGAGUAUAGUAGACCAGUGUUGGUUUGUAUAAAGUACCACGUGAAAAUAUUUAUUUCAUGCAUUGAAAGCAAUUGUUUACCUAAUGAAUGUUACUUGUUAAUGUAGAGAUCUUUUAGAUGUAAUAAAACAGCAAAAACAUCCCA